UAUGUCAAUUCAAACAAUUUUGUGUUCGUUUUCACCCCGGUUCAUAUUUUAGAUGUUUCCUACGCAAAAACUGAUGACGUAUAACACACACGUAAUGCAGGCCCAGGCCACACACAGAAGGUGCUAGUUACCUGUCAUCGCUUUGAAUGAUUCAAAGGUUGCACUGACAUAAGUGCACAACAUCACAGGAAGCCGAUAUUGGCAAUUACAUCCACAUGAACGGUAAACAGGCAAAUGGACAGAGGUGACAGCGGGAGAAGACCAGACACAGGCAGCUCCAUGGAUGUUGCUGAUGAGGAGGCCCGACCUUCCCAGGGCGUCCCUGUGGGCGCAGCGAGAUGUGAGACGUGCAGGCUUGGAGAGGACAUGGAUGUAGCCCCAUGUGAGACCUGUCCUUGCAAGAAGAUGAGACGAGGGUCUCGUAGGAGGAGCUCCAGUGAUGAGGAGGUGGAUGGUCAGCCUCAAGGGGGAGGCCAGCCUCCCAAACCCACUGGUCAGGACAGUGUGAAGAUAGGCCGCUCUGGAGUCUAUGCUCUAGCUCAAUGUGAAAACAGAAUUUUAUCAAAUAAUUUCAUCUCCUCUGCCAAUUCUUCAAGCGUCCCGCUGAAGGAGAAGAAGAGUGCUGUGACCUUGAAGACGAGUCCUCUGAAGAGUUACGAAGACGACACCCAACAUUUGUCCAGCUUCAGUCGCCUGCUACAUAGAGGAGGGGCGGGAGAUACCAACAUGAACUGUAACUAUGGCAACAAGAACACAUCGUUCAUUUCAUCCAGUACUGUAGGUGUUCCUUCCACAAGCAGAGCUUAUACGGACACUUCUGUUGCCAUGCAAGCACAAGUUUCCUGUUUCCAUGGCAACAGUGAUGAGGAUGCGAGCCAGAUUCUUCCCCUGUCUCUGGUUGUGAAUAUAUUCCAAUAUCUCUCAAUGCCAGACUUGUUGUGUCGCGUGUGUCGAGUCUGUAAACUGUGGCACCAGGCUGCCCAUGAUCCAUCUCUAUGGCGACAUAUCUAUUUGCCUGUGUCGUCAAGGGUUACAGACAGUAUCUUGAACUGGUUGACCUCCCUCAGUGACCGGGUGUUGACCCUGGACGUGAGUGACAGCAAGCACACAACGUUCACAGAUGAGGGUGUUAUACAGAUCCUUCAGAAGUGUCACUAUAUUAGGACACUCAAGUUGGCCAGGUACUUUGUGUUCUCGGACGAUGUUUUUGAGUCUGUAGGCAAGUUCUGUCACCUCAUUCGCCACCUCAACCUCGACGGCUGUUUCUCCAUCUCUGACAAGUCCAUUGUCGCGAUUGGCAACGGAUGUCCACAGCUGGAGUAUCUGUUCAUGAGUCAGUGUAACAGGAUAUCUGACGAGGGCAUGCUGGCCGUGGCGCACGGCUGUCCCCACCUCCGACAGCUCCGUAUAGACCAGUGUGUCAAGGUGAAGGACGUGAGUGUGAUGGCCCUGGUAGCCGGGUGUCCCAACCUGGAGUAUCUCCAUCUGCUGGCCUGCAGCCUCACAGACGAUGGACUCCAGCAGCUGGCCAAGCUGCCCCGUCUCCGAAUGCUGGAUAUCUCCAACAUGACACAGCUGAGCUCGGCCUGUCUGGAGAACAUCGCACGGAGCUGCAAGGAGCUGGAGGUGCUCAGCGUCUCUCUGAACCGCACGGUGGACGACGAGUGUAUCAAGACCAUCGUCCAGUCCUGCGUCCACCUCAAGUGUCUGUCCUGCGUGGCCUGUAACCUCACUGACAAGACCCUGGAGUACAUCGGCCGGUACAGCAAGACGGUCGAGCGGGUGGAUGUAGCGUGGUGUGGGGAGAUCACAGAUAACGGUGUGCGAGCCAUAUCAGAAACCUGUAAAUCCCUCCGCUACCUUGGUCUGAUGAGGUGUGGUCAGGUUACCAUGGAGACAGUGGACGAACUUAUCCUGCUCCACCCACAGAUCCACUACUCAAACUUUGUGCUGGAGUCAAGGAAGUUGCUACAGCGGGCACGGAAUGAUGGACAUCCUGUACCGCUUCACUUCCUCAGCUGAUCCUGGAUAGUUGCUAGGUAACGAUGGAGUCGGUGAUGUCUGUGUCACAGCUGAUGGUGGAUGGUUGCCCGAUGAUGAUGGAGUCAGUGAUGUGUGUCUUCUCAGCUGAUGGUGGUUGCCAAGUGACAAUGGAGUCAGUGAUGUCUGUGUCACCAGCUGAUGGUGGACGGUUGCCAGGUGACGAAGGAGUCACUGGUGCCUGUUUCUCAGCUGAAUGUGGACAGUUGCCAGGUGACAAUGGAGUCAGUGAUGUCUGUGUUCUCAGCUGAUAGUGGACGGUUGCCAGGUGACAAUGGAGUCAGUAAUGUCUGUGCUCUCAGCUGAAUGUGGACGGUUGCUAGGUGACAAUGGAGUCAGCAAUGUCUGCUCUCAGCUGAAUGUGGACGGUUGCAAGGUGACAAUGGAGUCAGUGAUGUCUGUGUUCUCAGCUGAUAGUGGACGGUUGCCAGGUGACAAUGGAGUCAGUAAUGUCUGUGCUCUCAGCUGAAUGUGGACGGUUGCCAGGUGACAAUAGAGUCAGCAAUGUCUGCUCUCAGCUGAAUGUGGACGGUUGCCAGGUGACAAUGGAGUCCGUGAUGUCUGUGCUGUCAGCUGAAUGUGGACGGUUGCCAGGUGACAAUGGAGUCCGUGAUGUCUGUGCUGUCAGCUGAAUGUGGACGGUUGCUAGGUGACAAUGGAGUCAGUGAUGUCUAUGCUGUCAGCUGAAUGUGGACGGUUGCUAGGUGACAAUGGAAUCAGUGAUGUCUAUGCUGUCAGCUGAAUGUGGACGGUUGCUAGGUGACAAUGGAGUCAGUGAUGUCUGUGCUGUCAGCUGAAUGUGGACGGUUGCUAGGUGACAAUGGAGUCAGUGAUAUCUGUGCUCUCAGCUAA